AUAUGGACAGUUUAAAAUCUCAUUUUAUUCGAGAAGGACGGGGAAUCAUCAUUGAAGGGACCUCUCAAAUAAAGUUGUUUUUUAAUCCGCAUAAUGGAAGAAAUUGUCGUGGUCGGUGGUAAUAAAUUAAAGGGAAGUGUGAAAAUUGAAGGUGCAAAAAAUUCUGCGUUGCCAAUUUUAGCUGCAAGCCUGCUGGCCGAUGAUGGUGUAACAACAUUAUAUAAUGUUCCUGAUCUGUCCGAUGUCAUCGUAAUGAAUCAAGUUAUGGAGGGGUUAAAUGCUAAAGUAAGUUUUGACAAAGUCAACAAUACAGUUUUAGUGGAUGCUACACUCCCGCUUUCAAGUCACGCGCCGGAUCAAUAUGUGAGUAAAAUGCGAGCAUCGAUCUGUUUCAUGGGAGUGCUGUUGGCUCGCACCGGCAAGGCUAAGCUAAGCGUGCCCGGAGGAUGCGCUAUCGGCAAACGCCCUAUAGACCAACAUUUAAAAGCCUUUAAAGCACUCGGAGCUGAAAUACUAUAUGACGACGGAUAUAUCGAAAUUACAGGGAAUGAACUUAUUGGAAAUAUUAUUAACCUGGACUUUCCUAGUGUAGGUGCCACUCAGAAUAUAAUGAUGGCAGCUGUUAAAGCAAAAGGAACAACAUUUAUACAUAACGCUGCACAAGAACCUGAAAUAGUUGACUUAGCCAAAUUUCUCAAUAAGAUGGGAGCACAGAUUUAUAAAUAUGGAACAGAAUGUAUCCAAAUUAUCGGCGUAGAUAACCUGAAGGCGGUCUCCUACACUAUUAUGGAAGAUCGAAUCGAAGCUGGAACUUUCAUGAUCGCUGCUGCCAUGACAAAAGGAAACGUUUUGAUAGAGAAUGCAAGAUUCGAUAAUAACUUACCCCUAAUUUACAAGCUGAUUAAAAUGGGAGCAAGAAUAGUUAAUGAAAAAAAUGGCAUACGAGUCACGGGACCAGAGGUGCUCAAAUCCACAAACAUAACCACAAUGCCGUAUCCAGGUUUUCCAACUGAUUUGCAAGCCCCGAUUACCGCUAUAUUGAGUGUGAGUCAAGGUACAGGGAUUGUGACUGAGACUAUAUUCGAAGAUCGCUUCCAACAUCUUGAAGAGAUGCUAAAAAUGGAAGCAAGUGUGAGAUGGAAAGGAAAUGCUGCAAUAAUUGAAGGAGUCGACAAACUUCAAGGAGCAGUAGUGUAUGCAACAGACUUGCGCGCGGCCGCUGCUCUGGUUUUGGCCGGACUGACGGCUAAUGGUACUACGCGAGUGCGGAAUCUGAAAUAUUUAGACCGCGGAUAUUACAAAUUCCACCAAAAACUACAGAACUUGGGAGCGAAAGUCGCUCGGAAAAAGUAUUUAGAAUCAAAGCUCUACUCUGGUGGUCAGUGAUUUUUUUUAUACUUCAUUAAUUUAUUAUCAUAAGUACCUAGGUAGUAAUUAUCUAGUUAGAUAGGUAGUAUGUAUACAGGUUGUUGCAAAAGUGAAAUUAACGCGUUACUUAGUAAUGUAUGAAUUUACUAACUACUUACCUAAUUAUUUAUUAAAUUGAUAAACUUGCAUAAUA